GGCUUAUGGGUGGACGAUAAAAGAAUCGAAGAAUAUUUUAUCGCUACAUUCAAUCCGUUUUUCAUGUAAUUUCCUGUAAGAAUCUAGGUAUACUUAAGGUUAGUAUCGCGUAUAGACACAGUCUGACUGAGUGGUCGACUCGCGCGCACAGCGCGGUGCACGGGCGCGGACAUCGCGACCAGCAUCGACGCGCGCAUCGUGCUCCCUCGUCUGGGGACCUGCCGGUCGUUCCGCGUUGAGACACACGCCAACAAAACUCUAAUGAUACUAGAGAACUGCGCCGAACCCAACUUAGGCUGCUGCAUACUCUUGCGCGGGGGCUCCCUAGCAGAACUAACCAAAGUGAAGAAAGUCGUCAAAUUCCUCCUCCUAGCCUAUUACAACUGGAAACUAGAGAGGGCAUUCCUACACGACAUCGAAACUGUCCUCCCUGAGCCAGGGAUGAACUUUGAUGACCUUGACGAUGAAGAAACAAAAGAUAAAACAACCAAUGAUGAAGAUAACAAAUCUGCCAAACUAGAAACUGAUAAUCAGAAUGAUCCUACGGAGAAAAAAUCUGUGAAACUAGAAACUGAUCAGAAAGUUGAAGACAAAGAUGAUCCGUUGCAAAAGAAACCGUUUGUGAGGAAAGUGGAAAGUGAUAAGAAUUUAAGUUGUGGCGUCCCGAUUAGAGACUUCAGUGAUCCGUUGAGAGCUUCGCAGAUGGGUAGUGAUGAUGAGGUUUUUGCGCCAGUUGAAGAGGCCUCUCUGAAGGCUGAUAGUCUAAAUGACAGAUGGUCAACAGACGACGUAGUCCUCUCCAUGUCGCCCAACAUCGUGGUGAACCCGCCCUACCUACAGACAGAAGUGGGACGCGCGUGCCCGCUGCGGCGCUACUACCCCGAACAGCUGUUCCCGCCGCCGCCCGCCCUCGCGCCGCCGCCCGCCCACGCGCAGCCGGUGGUGCAAGCUGACGAGCUGAGGCUUAAGGAGCUCCACCCGUUCCUCACACAAACCAUCACAGCGCCGGCGGACGACAACACACUCCGGGCCUCGCUCGCUCACUACCGCGCCACGGGCUGCCGGCUCGCCGACAACGAUCAUACACUAAGCUGCCCAAUGUUCAACCCGUCUAUACUGAAGAAAGAGGCGCAGAAAGAGACACAAGUAGACACUACCAGUGAGAAAGACAAGGACAAGAGUACCUACCUCGACCCACUUGCACCGGAAAACCACCAAGUUCUGAGUCUGCUGUUCUACAGUUUCAGCAACAAGUCCGCUAAUGUGCCCGACUUUUGUGUCAACCCUUGGAUAAUGAACAUAGACCUGUACGGCCGGCGAGACAUCACUCUGGGAGCGUUUCUGGAGAAGUAUUGCUUCAACGGGGAGACCAAGUGUCCGUCGACUAACUGCCAAGUGCCGAUGAACCAACAUGUGCGAAGGUACUGUUAUACACAUAUCUGUUUUACUUGCAGAUUCGUCCAUGAGGAUGUGUGUAUACAAAUCACUUGCAACACCAUCGGUCACAGCAACGUCGAUAAAGUCACCGAUGACAAGAAUAAUCAGGUGAUGUUCUGGUCGCGUUGCACGUCCUGCGGGCGGGCGGCGCGCGCGCGGCGUCUCUCCUCACUAGCUCGUUCCCUCUCGCUCGCUCAGUACAUAUCGUUACGCGCGCGCGCCCCGCGCCUGCUGCGCGCCGCCUGCGAGCAUCCCGCGCAACGACACGACCAUUACUUCGCUACGAGGCUCACUACUGCGUGUUUCAAAUAUAGCAAGAUCACAAUGUGGGACAUCUCGCUGCCGCCCGCCGUGGUCUCGACGCGCUACGACACGCGAGUCAUGCGGGACGCGUUGGUGGGCCAACUCAACGAACUCAUGCUGAAAGCUCACGAAACAUUCAGCGCACUGCCAGCCGGCGCGGCGGCCGAACUGGGCGGGUUCAAGCAACUCACCGAGACGCUGCAACUGUCGCUGGCCUCGCCCAGUCUGCACCCGCUGACCACGCCCGGCGUAGUGCGCCAUCUGUGGAGCGUGUCGGACAAGAUCAUAGCGGGCGAGAAGAUGGUGCGGGACCUGCAGGAGAAGUGGGCCAGCCCCGCCAAGCCUGUCAAGGCUCAGGAUAUAGUGGAUGAAAAGUCAUCGGAUCUAGAAGACUCGGGUGCCGGCGAGACCAGCCAUGAAAAAACUGAUUUAGUGGCCAAAGAUGAAACAGAUCGACCAGGUGAAGAAGAUGAAGAGAAAGGAGAUAAGAAAACUGUGAGACAAAUCCUAGCGCAGCUUCUGUCGAACAACCAACCCUGCAAUCAGGCGGGCAUGAUAAUAUCCCACGGGCUGCUGCCGGUGGUGGUGUUCGCGGGGGAGAUCGGCUCCGUGAUCGCGGCCGCGCUCGCCUCCGUCACCUACCAGCGCUCGCUGCACACUGCGCUCAGUCAACACCCAGAUCAAGAGGAGUCUGACGUGACCAGCUCCGGGAAAGAAGACAAGAAGACCGACAGCGAGAAGACCAAGGCGGCCAAGACCAACGACCACAUCGAAGUGCAGUUGAAGGACGGUCUCCUCUGCCGCGUGUACUACGCGAAGCAGUUCCACAAGCUGCGCCACAUGCUACUAGCGCCGCUCACUAGCAACCCGGACAUUGUGGACGAGUUCUCGCGCGCCCCGCCGAGCAAGGCAGAAGUGGAGAGGUGUUGCACCGAUGAGGCGAAAGAGGUGAAGACGCUAUGCGACAUAGAAGAGGGUUUCAUCAGGUCACUGGCUCACUGCGUGCCGUGGGCCGCGCUCGGGGGCAAGUCGGGGUCUACAUUCUGUAAAACUAAAGAUGACCGAUACGUAUUGAAAGAGAUGACGAAACCAGAGUGGCAACAGUUCCUGGAGUUCGCACCGCACUACUUCAACCACGUCAUACACGCGCACCAGAACACGCUGCCUACCCUGCUAGCCCGAAUCCUCGGAGUAUUCAGCGUCGGCGGCGCCGGCAACGGAGUCCUCGUAAUGGAGAACCUUCUCUAUGGUUGUCCACCUCAAACCCGCCGCUUCGACCUGAAGGGGUCGUCGCGGCCGCAGCGCGAGCCCGAGCCCGCCGUCAUGCAGGACCACUAUCUGCUGCGAGACACUAGUAAUAUCCACUCGUGUGUACUCUAUGGUUGUCCGCCUCAAACCCGCCGCUUCGACCUGAAGGGGUCGUCGCGGCCGCAGCGGGAGCCCGAGCCCGCUGUGAUGCAGGACCACUAUCUGCUGCGAGUCCGCUGGGAAACCCAAUUCUACGUGUACACGCACGCGGCCCGCGUCCUUUUCGCGUGCAUCGAGCGAGACGCCGCCUUCCUCGCCACGCACUGCGUGAUGGACUACUCCUUGCUGCUUGGAGUCACGCACAGCGAGCUGCUGCUCGGACUCAUCGACUACAUCCGAACGUUCACGUGGGACAAAAAGCUCGAGCAUUACGUCAAGAAAAACCUCCGCUCCGGACAGCCUACAGUGGUGUCCCCCGAGCAGUACCGGCGGAGGUUCCUCGCCGCCAUGCGCAAGUACUUCAUGCAGUGCCCCGACCACUGGGACCGGUUCUACACUCAGCCCGUGAUUGACUCCGUUUCAUUUUAAAUAGCAGUGCGAAGAAGGAAGAAAGAGUAGAUAUUAUUACAUAAUCAACGUUGAAAA